UUUUUACCUCGGCCCCGUCCCGCCGCGAUGGCAGCUGUCUAGCGAGCUGAAAGAGAAAGAGGAGGAUGCAAGGACGAGAGGGGUUCGCGCGACGGUGUCGGAGAGAAGAUAGAAGAGGAUUAUCCACUCAUACAAGCGAGGUCGUGUCGUCACGUGCACCGGCAUAUCCGUCCGUUUAUGCGAGAGAGAUACCACCUCACCCCCUUCGUGUGAAGGAUGGCAUGGCUAGGAGGCUGAUGGCUCCUCGCUGGUAUAUAUCUGCCCGGAGACUUGGUCCUGAUGCCAGUUCUCUCUAGUCGAGGAUCAUCCAACUCGUGGGUGCGCGCGCAACUUUUCGUAUCUCCUCUCGGACUAGUCACUUCGAAUUUCGAGUCGCGUGCCUCUCGCGUGAUUUCGAGGAUACGAGGUGUCUCUGUGAUUUAGUCCCAAGUUGCCCGGCCAAGCGAUUCGCGAGUUGGAAAUAAGCCAUCCAGAAUGUCGGCGAUUAAGAUUAUAUCCAGGUGCGUGCUGCUGUUGUUAGUCUGCGGUGCAACUAUCCACGCCGAUGAGGACGGCGGAUUCCUCGAGCGAGGAUAUCGUGCCCUUUAUCGCGUCUACGAGGAGUGCGAGCAUCGCAACAUGGCUGUGUCUCCGUGUUUGAAGAAGAAGGCGAUCGCCUUCUUCGAGAGACUCGGUCGUAUACAGACUUUACCGAUCGGCGACAAUCUCGAGCUGGUCAAAGUCGCGUCCACGACGGACGAUAGUUCCAAGAGCACGGUCUCCGAUCUGGAGAAGACUCUGGCUAGAACUAACGGAGGGGCCAUGGAUGAAACGCUCAACGAUAUUCUGUUCGAGCGCGUAGCCACGCUAAUGAACAGUUUCAACGUGCAGAUCAGCUUACCAAAGACGAAUGCUGGCGAAUUGAAACGAAGUAUCGAGGAAGGCCGUGGCAAAAUGAAGAAGAUGAUGGGCAUGAUGAUGAUGGGAUUUGCGAUGAAACUCGCCGCGUUAGUUCCCAUUGCUAUGGGCGUGCUUUUCCUGUUGGCCGGUAAGGCGCUCAUCAUCAGCAAGAUCGCUUUGGUUCUCUCGCUCAUCAUCGGCUUGAAGAAGCUACUCAGUCAAAAGCAGGGUGGUCACGAUCACGGUGGCUGGCAGCAGGGCGGAGGUGGAUGGGACAGAAGUCUAAAGGGAGUCGUAGGCGCACCUCUAUCAUCGAUGACGGAAGCUGAACGCGAGUACGCUCACACCUUGGCUUACAGCGCGCGGCAGAAGCACUAAACGAUUCACAUGGCGAAAAGAAACAAUGGGAAAUCUUCAGGUAUUAGGAGGGAGCAACGCCUGUAUCCAAAGGAGCAGAUAAUACGCGAUUUCAGAGACAGUUCGAGUUAUCGAGAUAGAUUUGCUAAUUUAUCUUUUACACGUAAGACAAAUUUCAUCAUUCAUAAGACGUCGCAUUUAUGCGUACUGCAUAAAUGGUGUAGGAAACAAAAAAGUGUAAAGAUGAAAUAUAUCAGUGAUUUAAUGUUGGAAUAGAGCAAAAUGUGAAAAAAAUACAAAAAUGCAAAAGUUUUACAAUUAAAAGUUAUUAAAAGUAGAAGAUUCAAAUGGACGAGCUGUCUUAUUCGUGUGAAUACUUACAAGUCUGAUCACUUUUUGAAUAAUCAUCGAUAUGAUAAUAAUCGUAUCGUAUAAUUUCUCGUCUCUUCAAUUAACAGUUUUAUGAAUGAUGUAGCUAUUUCAUACGAUAAUGUAUAAUAGCAAUGUUUUAUUAUUAUAUUUGUGGUGCAAAAAAGAAGCUAUCUUGACAAUUUUUUGUAAAGUGGAAAAAAAAAUUGCGCAAUGCUGGAAUGUAAAUAAUUGUGUCAAAAAAUAGUAAAACGAAAGAAGUUGCAACGACAAGUGUUUGCAUUUCAACUGCCAACUGUCUUAGCAAAUAAUCCAACGAAAUGAUAACGAGACUGUAAUAUUCACGCACGCGAAUUUCUAACGGUGCUGGUUCGAAGUUUUUGUCGGCAAUCGGAACGCGAUUAAUCUCGUAGUCGAGCGAAAAGAUGACAGACUUCAUUCUUUGAUUAGCCGAAUUUGCAGUCGUUUCUCAGUACACUUGCGAUAUUUAUAUUUAUUUUUAUAGUACCGCACUAAGGUAGGCGGCAAAAUAUAUAUAUAUAUAUAUUUAUUUUAGAUUUAUUAAUAACCUUAGAAAGAGAGAAAGAGAGAGAGAAAGAGAGUUCAGAAUGUGUAGCUUGCGACAAGUACUUACACAAGUAUCAAUAUUUACGUUACUAAAAUCGUGUGUUCAGUAGAGUAAGCGUGACGACUAAAACACUUGAGUAUUAAAAUGUAGCGAAUAAUAAAUACUAAUUCCAUCUGUCAACAUUUAUUGUAAUGAUUAACUCAUAUAGAUAUAUUACAUUUUAAGAAACGUAGCAUUUAUUUCGUAAUGAUCGUAAUACACGCAGAUUGUUUCGCGUAGCUUUUUCUUCUUGUGGUUUCUAAGACAUGAAAAGUAAUUUGACUUAAUGUAUUUACAAAACGUACACUUGACGACGCGACGCAUUCUAUGAGAUGUAUACGAGAUGUAUACGUUUGACUCCGAGAAGCGAUUAUAAAUUCGGCCUCGAGUGUUACUUUGUGCACACAGGCGUUCAAUACUUUCUCAAAGAUAACCGCGAUUAGUUAUACAAGUUUAACCUGAUUGUAAAUUAUUACGAAAUAAAGUUGUAUGUCAUUCUCA